AUGGACCCCAACCCCAAACCUGCCGUUCCCCCCAAGAAGCGCCGCAUUGGCGUGCUCACUUCGGGUGGUGAUGCUCCCGGUAUGAACGGCGCCGUGCGGGCCGUUGUCCGUAUGGCCCUGCACUCGGAUUGCGAGGCCUACGCGGUCUACGAAGGAUACGAAGGCCUGGUCAACGGCGGCAACAUGAUCCGUCAGAUGCACUGGGAGGACGUCCGUGGCUGGCUGUCGCGCGGUGGUACGCUCAUCGGGUCCGCUCGUUGUAUGAGUUUCCGCGAGCGCGCCGGUCGUCUGCGCGCGGCCAAGAACAUGGUGCUCCGCGGAAUUGAUGCUCUCGUCGUCUGUGGUGGUGAUGGUAGUUUGACUGGUGCGGAUGUCUUCCGUGCCGAGUGGUCCGGUCUGUUGCAGGAGCUGGUGUCUGCUGGUGAAUUGACCGAAGAGCAGAUCAAGCCCUACUCCGUCCUCAACAUUGUCGGACUGGUAGGCUCCAUUGACAACGACAUGUCCGGGACGGAUGCCACCAUUGGCUGCUACUCAUCUUUGACUCGCAUUUGUGACGCCGUCGAUGAUGUGUUCGAUACCGCCUACUCUCACCAGCGAGGCUUCGUCAUUGAGGUGAUGGGCCGUCACUGUGGUUGGUUGGCGCUGAUGUCCGCCAUCAGCACCGGUGCCGAUUGGUUGUUCAUCCCCGAGAUUCCUCCUCGCGAUGGCUGGGAGGACGAUAUGUGCGCGAGCAUCACCAAGAACCGCAAGGAGCGUGGCAAGCGUCGCACCAUUGUCAUUGUGGCCGAAGGUGCUCAGGAUCGCCAGCUGAACAAGAUUUCUAGUUCGACCAUCAAGGACAUUCUCACACAACGAUUGGGCUUGGAUACCCGUACCACCGUCCUCGGACACACCCAGCGUGGUGGUGCGGCUUGCGCUUAUGACCGCUGGCUUUCUACCUUGCAAGGUGUGGAAGCCGUGCGUGCCGUCCUCGACAUGACUCCCACAUCGCCCUCCCCCGUUAUCACGAUCCGGGAGAACAAGAUUAUGCGUACUCCUUUGAUGGAGGCAGUUCAAGCUACCAAGGACGUCACUGCCAAGAUCCAUGCCAAGGACUUCCAGGCCGCCAUGACCCUUCGCGAUCCCGAGUUCAAGGAGACCUACCGCGCUUAUUUGAACACAGCUACCCCAGAUCACCCCAAGAUGAUGGUCUCUCAGGAGAAGAAAAUGCGUAUCGCCAUCAUUCACGUUGGUGCCCCGGCCGGAGGUAUGAACCAGGCCACCCGUGCUGCUGUAGCCUACUGUUUGACACGUGGACACACUGCACUUGCGAUUCACAACGGUUUCCCCGGUCUCAUCCGUCACCACGCCGACAAGCCUAUCAGCUCGGUCCGCGAGGUUCAGUGGCUGGAGUCCGACAGCUGGGUGAACGAGGGUGGUUCCGACAUUGGUACCAACCGUGGUCUGCCCUCCGAGGAUAUGGAAGGCGCCGCAAAGGCCUUCGAGCUCCACAAGUUCGAUGCGCUAUUUGUGGUUGGUGGCUUCGAGGCCUUCACGGCCGUGAGCCAGCUGCGCAAGGCUCGUGCGCAAUACGAUGCCUUCAAGAUCCCCAUUGUCGUGUUGCCCGCCACCAUUUCCAACAACGUCCCCGGUACCGAAUACUCGCUGGGAAGCGACACAUGUCUCAACACACUGAUUGAAUUCUGCGAUGCCAUUCGCCAGUCUGCAUCAUCAUCUCGCCGCCGUGUCUUCGUUAUCGAGACUCAAGGUGGCCAGUCAGGUUACAUUGCCACCACGGCCGGUCUUGCCGUUGGUGCCGUAGCCGUUUACAUCCCCGAGGAGGGUAUCGAUAUCAAGAUGCUCUCCCGCGAUAUUGAUUUCCUGCGCGACAACUUCGUUCGCGACAAGGGUGCUAACCGUGCGGGCAAGAUUAUCCUUCGCAACGAAUGUGCUUCGAAGACCUACAGCACCCAAGUGAUUGCUGACAUGAUCAAGGAGGAAGCCCAUGGACGCUUCGAGUCUCGUGCAGCCGUCCCUGGUCACUUCCAGCAAGGUGGCAAGCCUUCUCCCAUGGAUCGUGUUCGUGCGCUUCGUAUGUCGAUCAAGUGCAUGCAGCAUCUCGAGAGCUAUGCCGGCAAGAGCCGUGAGCAAAUCGCUGCCGAUGACAUGUCGGCUACCGUCAUCGGUGUCAAGGGCUCCCAGGUUCUUUUCUCCCCAAUGGGCGGAGAGACCGGAUUGGAGGCCACUGAGACUGACUGGGAGCGCCGUCGCCCCAAGUCCGAGUUCUGGCUUGAGCUUCAAGAUGUUGUCAAUGUUCUCUCUGGACGUACCGGCAACCGGGCUGUGGACACCUCCGUGAUUUACGACAGUAUGUAA